AUGAGCUGCUGUGGCUGUUCAGGAGGCUGUGGCUCCAGCUGUGGGGGCUGUGGCUCCAGCUGUGGGGGCUGUGGCUCCAGCUGCUGUGUGCCCGUCUGCUGCUGCAAACCUGUGUGCUGCUGUGUGCCAGCCUGCUCCUGCUCUAGCUGUGGUGGAGGCUGCAAGGGAGGCUGUGGCUCCAGCUGUGGGGGCUGCAAGGGAGGCUGUGGCUCCAGCUGUGGAGGCUGCAAGGGAGGCUGUGGCUCCAGCUGUGGAGGCUGCAAGGGAGGCUGUGGCUCCAGCUGUGGAGGCUGCAAGGGAGGCUGUGGCUCCAGCUGUGGGGGCUGCAAGGGAGGCUGUGGCUCCAGCUGUGGGGGCUGCAAGGGAGGCUGUGGCUCCAGCUGUGGGGGCUGCAAAGGAGGCUGUGGCUCCAGCUGUGGGGGCUGCUGUCAGUCCAGCUGCUGCAAACCUUGCUGCUGCCAAUCCAGCUGCUGCAAGCCUGUCUGCUGCUGUGUGCCUGCUUGCUCCUGCUCCAGCUGUGGUGGAGGCUGUGGGGGUUGUUGCCAGUCCAGCUGCUGCAAGCCCUGCUGCUGCCAGUCCAGCUGCUGCAAGCCCUGCUGCUGCCAGUCCAGCUGCUGUAAGCCCUGCUGCUGCCAGUCCAGCUGCUGCAAGCCCUGCUGCUGCCAGUCCAGCUGCUGCAAGCCCUGCUGCUGCCAGUCCAGCUGCUGUAAGCCUUGCUGCUGCCAGUCCAGCUGCUGUGCCCCCGUUUGCUGCCAGUGUAAGAUCUGAGGCUCACCUCCUCCACUUCCAGCUCCCACCCACACAGCUCCUGUCUCAGUUUCCUUGAUGAUAACCUAGGACCCAGGACCAUCUGGGAACCCCGAGUCUGGGAUUUCCUGAUUUCCUUACUUAGCCUUACAACAGCCCUGUCCAAGGAGCCCUCCCUAUUCCCUUCCCCCAUCCUCCUCAGGCUGAAAACCUCCCCUGCCAAGUGGACAUCACCCUAUCAAGAACACCCAGCAAAGGCUUGCCCAGCACACCAUGUAGACCCCCAGAGGAAUCUCUGGGUCAUUUCCAAGGAUCAUCUGCCCUGCUCCCAGAUGUGGGGCCAUCGCUUGAGAUUGCUGAGCUGCCUCCCAACGGCCUUCAUUCCUGGACUCCCCAACUCUCUCCUCCAAAGGGUCUCUUUGCUUAUCUUGCCUACUUUGGGCUGUUCCUGGAAACCCAGACAAUCAUUUUGUUUCAAUAAAAACUAUCCUUA